UUCCAGGUUCUUCCAGGUCCAACUCUCCGUGAUUAGCGGGCAAAAGAGAAAGAAAAAGUGAAAAGCUAAUGUGCACAAACAAAUGAACAAUCAGCAAUACAAUCCGAACGACGUAGUUCUCUGUCUGUGCUGAUUUGAAAUUUUCCAACCCUGUUCAUUACUAUAAAAUUUUUUAAGAUCUCUUCUCUCUGGUGAAGGUACAUGCAUUUGGUUAGUUGAGUUGUGUUUACCUAGGCUAGACAGUUCACACGAAACCUCAAACCUGUCCCAUACUUCCAUAUUAUUGAGAGAAACCUUGUCCUAUCGAUAAUGGUCCUAAAUUUAUAUAUGUAUUUGUUUGACUAGUACUACUACUAAUGCUAGUGUGUCACAGUGUAACAUAUGGCGGUUCUACAAGCCCAAGAAGAGAAGGAAGAACAAGUUCAUGCAAAAAAAAUGACUUUUUUCUUGGAGUUGGCAAAUGGGUCCAGCUGGGUGUCCAGUUUCUGAAUCUGUUUUUGUGCAUAUGAUGAACAAGUGGAAGAGUAGAUCCGAGAACUGAAUGUGGGUGCUCUAUAAUUGAGAAUCUCCAAGGCUUUGCGGGACCACAAAAAAGUUAUACAUUUUAGGAAAAGAGAGAAAGCUAUAGAGAGAGACAGUCACGGACUCUGAGAGAGCUUUUUGGAAAGAAAGAAAGGAACUCUCCAGAGAGAGAGAGAGAGAGAGAGAGAGAGAGUGUAGAAAAAGUAGCAGCAGUAGUUGGGAAAUUAUUACUAAUUAGUAAUUACAGGGCCCAACUGGUUCACUGAGAAAGCUGAAGUUCUUUUGGGGUUUUGAUUUUGCAAGUUCACAUUUUUCCAGUGUAAGGGGCUAGAAAGAUUUAGUAUUUGAGACAGUGGCAGUGAUACUUUCUGGUUAGAAAGAUUGUGAAGUUGUAUCUGAUUCUGGGAGCGAAGAUUCCAAGGAUUCCAGGUUCUUUUACAUACCCUUUUUUUGCAUUUGUCAUUUUGUGGGUUUGUUUGAGCUUGGAAUUAAGAUUUGAGGAGUAACCAUUUUUUGUGUUGGCUUUUUCUGAGUAUGUAUUUCUAUUUUGGUUGAGUAGCUCUGUGUGUCAUUCUUGAAGGGAUCACAUUUUAGGACUUGCUCUGAUUUCAUGUUAUGUAAUAUCAGUACGUUUUUGGACGAUGAAGUAGUCAUUAUGAUUCUGAUUGUCUAUGUGGAUACUGUUUUAUUAUCAAGGACGAGGAUUUUGGAUUGUAAGUUGUACACUUGAGGAAAUUCUGCUGAGAUAGUUGUAGUGUAGGAAUUUUUGGGGGUUGUAUUUGGGGUAAGGUUUAAGAUCUGUGAGUAAGAUUAUUCAGAAUGGCUGAAAAUACCCAAGAAAUGCGAUCUUUGGCCUUGACCCCAACGUGGUCUGUUGCUACGGUGUUGACAAUCUUCGUGGCUGUUUCUUUGCUUGUGGAACGAUCCAUCCACCGAUUGAGCCAUUGGCUACGGAAAACUAACCGAAAGCCCUUGCUUGCAGCUGUGGAGAAAAUGAAAGAAGAGUUGAUGCUGCUUGGAUUUAUUUCUCUUCUUUUAACGGCUACCUCAAGCAUGAUAGCAAAUAUUUGCAUCCCAUCGAGGUUUUAUGACAGCACUUUUGCUCCAUGCUCCAGAUCAGAGAUUGAGAAAGAAACUGAAAACAAGUCAUCUGAGGACCGUAAACUCUUGAUGGUUUCUUUGCUACCUCACUUGUUUAGGAGGGUGUUGAAUAACUUGAAUGAAAAUACCUGUCCAAAGGAUCGUGAGCCAUUUGUCUCAUAUCAAGGUCUUGAGCAGUUGCACCGUUUCAUCUUUGUCAUGGCAAUAACACAUAUAUCUUACAGCUGCUUAACAAUGUUGCUUGCAAUUGUGAAGAUUCACAGCUGGAGGCUAUGGGAGGAUGAGGAGGCUCACAUAGACCGGCAUGAUGAUUUAACUGAAAUCACAAGAGAGCAGAAAUUGCGAAGGCAAUCAACAUUUGUCAAAUUUCACACAUCAAACCAUUUGUCCAAGAAUAGUUUCCUUAUCUGGGUGACAUGUUUCUUCCGGCAAUUUGGGCGUUCAGUGGUCCGUGCUGACUACCUUGCACUCCGUAAGGGCUUCAUCGUGAAUCACAACCUCCGGCUAAAAUAUGAUUUUCAUAGCUAUAUGGUCCGCUCCAUGGAAGAUGAAUUCCAAAUGAUAGUUGGUGUGAGUGGCCCACUGUGGGGAUUCGUUGUUGCUUUCAUGCUGUUUAACGUAAAAGGGUCUAAUCUCUAUUUUUGGAUAGCAAUCAUUCCUAUUUCACUUGUUCUUCUGGUGGGCACAAAGUUGCAGCAUGUAAUUGCAACCUUGGCAAUAGAGAAUACUGGAUCCUUCUCAGGAACAAAGCUGAGGCCUCGAGAUGAUCUUUUCUGGUUUAAGAGGCCAGAACUAUUGUUGUCCUUGAUCCAUUUUAUUCUGUUCCAGAACGCAUUUGAAUUGGCUUCAUUCUUUUGGUUCUGGUGGCAGUUUGGAUAUAAUUCUUGCUUUAUAUGGAAUCAUACGCUUGUGUACUUGAGGCUGAUUUUGGGGUUUGCUGGACAAUUCCUGUGCAGCUACAGCACCUUGCCACUAUAUGCAUUGGUUACUCAGAUGGGAACAAACUAUAAGGCAGCCUUAAUUCCUCAGAGAAUAAGGGAGACUAUACAUGGAUGGGGGAAGGCAGCUAGGAGGAGGAGGAGGUUUGGUAAUUUUGCUGAUGAUUCCACCAUACACACAGACACAAGCACAGUAAUGUCACUUGAGGAAGAUGAUCAUGAGGAAGAUGAUCAUGAGUUGUUUGAUGCCCCUGGAACCGCCAAUGGUGCAUUCACCGAUAUUGAGUUACAGCCAUCCGCUAAUAUUACAACCAGCCCUUCCCCUGUUUCUAAUGAAACCUCAAGCAGGGCCGGUACACCCCUCCUUCGACCCUGUGCUUCAGUUUCUUCACCAGUCACAAUGACAUAUGAGUCAUAUGGUAUUCCAAGAUCUUGUUCUUUGCCAACCAGAAGAGAGUGAAUCAAUUAAGAUAAUGAUGAUGAAAACAGUAGACAUAUACCACAUUUGAUAAAAUUAGGUUUUACUUGGAUUCCCGAAAGAAAGAGAUGUGCUUGAUAGAUGCUUCCCUUUUUGUAAUCGUCCUCGCUAGGUUAUUUCUGAGAUCCAAUGAAAGGGUAAAGCUCACAGAAUAGUUACAGGAUACUAGUUGUAAGAUUAUUAAGUAGAUACCAAUGUACAAGCUUUUGAUGUAACAUAUACAUGAAACUUCCAAAAUGUAUACUCGCAGAUAGAAGUGAUGAUAUGAGGUUAUAGUUUCUAAGCUUUUAUCAUUAAA